AUGAUUGAAGAGAAAAUUGACGAUUAUAUUUAUGAAGAUGACGAUGAAAGCGAAGAGUACGAGGAUGAAUAUGAAGAUUUUUUGAAGAUGAAAGAAAAGUUUUCCGACGCGCUGAAUUUAGGACCGUCGUUUCUUGAACAUGAUGAGGAGUGGCAGAAAAUAAAUACAGUCAUGAAGAACCGAGUAAAAUACAUGAAACGCACCUGCGGUGUCCGAAGAAAAAUCCAAAACCUCGUCGAUCAAGAAGAUUUCGACGGCCUUCUCGCCCUCCAUCGCCAAAUUUACGACCUCGAAGGCCCUGCUCCUCAAGAAGAUCGUCAGCCGAUUCAGUGCAACUCCCCAAGUUUUUCGAAAAAGUACAAUAAAGCAAGAUUCAUCAAGGGAAGAUCGAAGUCGAAGAUUGAUAUUUUCUUCCAAAGAGAUUUGAAUUUGACGAUAUGUUUGCCUCCUAAAUGUGGAACGACGAAUUGGCAAAAUGCUCUAGCCUCUCUGAGUGGAGAUCACGGAAAAGGAACAAUUCCUCGGGCUGAUCCUUCCGACUACGGCGAUGCCAAACGAAUCAACGCAAUGUCUGACAUCAAAAUCGUCAACACCCGAAACCCCUUCCAGCGACUUGUCUCCGCCUGGCGAGAUAAAUUCAAUGUCAACAUCAACGCACGCCGUCAAGGGUUCUUUUUGCCUUCGAUAGAGACAUUUGAAGAAGGAUACGAACAUGAUGAGAAAUAUUCGUGCUCUUUUGAAGCUUUUGUUUCUUACAGAGCGGCGAAUCCAAGUGAAUUUUGCAAUAAUCGGCAUUGGAGAACGGUGUACUGGGAGUGCAGCUACUGUCACUUCAACUACGACAUGAUUCUCCACCUCGAAGAAGUGCACAACGAAUACAACUACACUUGGGAAAAGAUCGCACCAAUCAAACCGGUUAUGGAAGAUCAAUACAAAACAAGCCCCUUAGCUCACACGCAUCCAAGUGAAUUCUGGAAAGAUGUUCCAAGAGAUGUCGCCAAGAAGAUUUACAUGAUUUAUUUUAUGGAUCUGGCCGCUCUUGGCUACGACCCAGAAGAAUGCCUAAAAUACGUCUUCGCCGGCCCAGAAGACAAAAACGUCCUUUCCGAAGACGCAAUAAAUCUCGCCCGCUCAAAACUAUCCCACAGUGAUGUUUACAAAAACCAAUCGUUUUUGAACGAAAUUUGCUACUAG